GCAACUAAAAGAAAAUGCGAGGAUUAAGAUAUCUGAUGCUUCUGGUAUACAUCAAUUUCACUGCCUCGGUUGGGAUGUGUGAAGGGAAAUCUUUAGGUGAAAUCCCCUAUCCGGGAGAUGCAGCGUUCAUCCAAAAAGAACAGCAAAACAUUGAGGAAGAAGACAACAACGUUGACAAGCUGGAAAGCUUUUUGGGGCUCAUGAAAGAAGAUUUUUUGAAGAAGCUGAAUUUAUCAGGUGUGCCGCAGGAGAACAGGAAGGUUCAGCCUCCCCAGUUCAUGAUGGAACUAUAUAACAAAUACGCUUCUGAUAAGACGUCCAUACCUCGCUCUGAUGUCAUUCGAAGCUUUCUCGUACAGGAUGUGACUCACUCUGUUAGACACGGCAACAAAACCCAACACAGACUGCUUUUCAACAUUUCCAUCCCAAGUCAUGAAGAAAUGACAUUGGUGCAGCUCAGGCUAUUCACUCUCUGGGAUGGUGAUAAAACCGUCAACAAUGACUUUUACAUUUCUGUUAAUGUAUAUUAUGUAGAAUAUGGCCACAUACACUUUCUGGAUGGGAGACAUGUAAAUGAUGCCAUGAACACAUGGGAAGCAUUUGAUGUGACUAGGGCCGCCAGGAGCUGGCAAGAAUCUGGACAAGGAGCUGGUGAACUCCAGGUGGAGUUAGAACAAGACAGCGAUUCUCUUAAGGAUGGAUGGCUUGACAUAAACCUGGGUUUAGAGGAUAACGCCUCUGCCGUUUUAAUUGUUUUUUCAGAUGACCUUGGGAACACAAAGGGAGAGUCUGUGAAAGAGGUAAUGGAGAUGAUAAUUCACGAAAGGGAGGUGGAAUUUUUGAGCAAUCGUGUUCAGGUGGACCAGCAUCCCAGGAGAAAAAGAAAGGCGAAGAACAAUUACUGCCGGAGGACGUCGCUGAAGGUGAUUUUCAAAGACAUCGGAUGGGAUAAAUGGAUUGUUGCCCCACCUGAAUAUGAGGCUUAUGAGUGCAAAGGGGUGUGCAAUUUUCCGCUGACGGAUGAGUUAACCCCUUCCAAACACGCCAUCAUCCAAACUCUGGUUAAUCUGAGCAAUCCGAAAAAAGCAAACAUGGCAUGCUGUGUCCCGACAAAGCUGGACCCGAUUACUGUUAUGUACCAAGAAAGGGGUGUGAUCACAGUACGACACCUUUAUGAGGAGAUGAAAGUAGCGGAAUGUGGGUGUAGGUAGUAUAUGUUUGCUUAAAGAUCUGUAUCAAAUAUAUUUGUUUUAUUACAUUUGUCCAAGUCAUAGAAUUAAUAUAAAAAACAAUAACUUGCUUAAAAUAUUGGGUGUUGCAUUGUAUUUAUGCCGACUUUUAUAUUUGGAUAUAUCAUCUGUAGAUUAUGAUGAAAAAUUGUAUGGGUUCGGGGUGUGUUUUCAUAUGCUCUGCAAGAGUUUUGUCGUAAAUUUCAAACGUGUUAUGCAAACCCAGAUAACACUGCAUUGUUAAGCAAAUGGUUCUCAUGUACAUGCAGUCCUGUGGUAACAUUUUUCCCAAUAUUCUUUUUUUCUGAAUUAUUUAGAUUCAUCUUAUUUAUAUUCUGUUAUAUUCCAACAGACUCUUUGUUACCUCCCCCACAAAAUAAGAUUUGUAUAUAAUAAUUUGCCUUCACUUGUGCAGGCUAUUUUAGCAUAACGCUGCUGUCCUUCUAUAUAAAACCUCGUAUCUCCAUGUUUUGUGAUUUAUUUAUUUUUGCCAUAAAUCAUUAUUAUUAGUCAUCCCUCAUGUUUGUCACUGAAUUUUGCAAAUAUCUAUGAAAAAAAUAUUAAAAAGGUCUUGUCAACUUUGGGAACUUUUUUACUGUAAUCAUUUAAAAAGUAAAGUUUUUUUUAAUUUCCUGUAAAAACUGUGAAUUUGGACAUGCAGGGUUUCAGGACUGCAAUGAUACGCAUCUCCAAAUUAAAGUUUGUGCAUUUUCAACAUUGAUUUAUUCAUUGUAAUUCAUACUUUUAGAAAAAGCAAGUUUUCCAAAACCUUUUAGUACUGUGUGAUGAGCGCCCUCUGCUGGAAGAGUUUCAUACAUCUUCUAUAUUUCAAAUUGUACUAUUUAUCCUUUUUAAGAUGAAUGUUUGUCACAAACUAAAUAAGCAAUUAGCAAGAUUUUCAAACAAUAAACAUAACCUACACUUGUACCAAUGAUAAUUCAAGUUUAUUAACACACACACACACUCCAUAGUCCUUGUACUGUACUAUUCUGUUAGGUGAAUAUUACAUUUAUUGUUGGAUUAAAAAACAAUUCAGGGGCAGACAGUAGUGUUAAUAACACAAUGUCCAGCUCUGCAUAUUUUUUCUCCCGUUUGACGUACAAUGCAACGAUCCAGAAAUGUUAAUCAGAGAUUCCUAAUUC